AGUCUGGGAAAAGAGAGAGAAGGCUGCAGACCUAUAGGGAGAGAAGAACGAGGCGUCAGAAGGAAGAAGAGAAGGGAGAAGGGUGCGCAGAAGAAGAGAAAGGGCAACAAGAAGUAAACUGGGGUGGGGAGAAGACACUCAGGAGAGAGAGAGAGCUGGGCAGAGAUGAAGUUACAGGGGUCCCUGGCCUGCCUCCUGCUGGCCCUGUGGCUGGGCAGUGGGGAGGCUGGCCCACUGCUGAGUGGAGGGGAGAGCAGUGGAACAGCUGUUGGGGAGGCCAUUGGACACGAGAUGGGAGACGCCAUCAGCCAUGGAGUCAGGCAGGCCAUUGGUCAAGGAGUCGGAGAGGGAGCCAGCUCUGGAGCCAGGGAGGCUGUGGGCCCUGGUGUGGCAGAUACUCUCGGCCACAGGCUUGGGGAAGCAGCCCACGCUCUUGGAAAUACUGGGAGUGAGGCUGGCAGACAGGCUGAGGAUAUCAUUCGACAUGGAAUAGAUGCUGCCCACAGCUCCUGGCAGGGGUUGCCUGGCAGCAACGGUGCUUGGGGAACCAAUGGCCAGCCUCUAUCUGGAGGCCAUGGCAUCUCUGGCUCUCAGGGUAGCCUUGGAGGCCACAGCCAGGGUAAUCCUGGAGGUCCAGGGACUCCUUGGGGCCAUGGACACCCUGGAAGCUCAGAAGGCAGCUUUGGAGCCAACUCUCAGGGAGGCUCCUGGGGUCAAGGAGGCAAUGGAGGGUCAUUCAACUCUGGCACCAAUGCUCAGGGAACUGUGGCCCAGCCUGGUUAUGGUUCAGUGAGAGUUGGCAGCCAAAAUGCAGAGUGCACCAACCCCCCACCAUCUGGCUCAGGUGGAAGCUCUGGCAAUUCUGGGGGAAGUAGCAGCUCACAAUCAGGCAGCAGCGGUGGCAGCAGCAGCGGCAAUGGAGGCAGCGGCAGUGGCAGCAGCGGCAGUGGCAGCAGCGGCAGUGGCAGCAGCGGCAGUGGCAGCAGUGGCAAUGGUGGCAGCAGCGGCAGUGGUAGUGGCAGCAGUGGCAGCGGUAGUGGCAGCAGUGGCAGUGGUAGUGGCAACAGCGGCAAUGGUGGCAGCAGCAGCCAUGGUGGCAACAGUGGCAAUGGUGGAGGCAGAGGCAGUGGCAGCAACAGUGGCAGCAGUUCUGGUGCUAACUGGGACCAACCCUUAGAAAAUUCUAAGAAUUUUGAUCACAGCAGCUACUCAGACUCCCAGGGAUCCAACACCGGCUCUUCCUCAGGCAGCAGCGGUGGAAGCGGUGGUGGAAACAAAGCUGGGUGUGAAAACCCAGGGAAUGAAGUCCGCAUGUCCGGAGGAUCCGGGGGUCAGGGCUUCAGAGGAGUACAGGGAGGCCCCAGCGGCUCCAGUGACAUCAGGGAAAUAAGCAAAGAAGGCAAUCGUCUCCUUGGGGGCUCCUACGGCAAUCAUCAGAAUUCUGAGACGUCUCCUGGGCCCUUCAACUUUGACACUUUCUGGAAGAAAUUUAAAUCCAAGCUGGGUUUCAUUAACUGGGAUGCCAUAGACAAGAACCAAGUCCUGUCCCCCAGCACUCGAGCCCUCCUCUACUUCCGCCGACUCUGGGAGGAUUUCAAACAAAACACUCCUUUCUUCAACUGGAAAGCAAUUAUUGAGGGUGCAGAUGCGUCAUCACUACAGAAGAGGGCAGGCGGUGCUGAUCAGCCUGGUGCAAGAUGGCAAGAGGUGGCUGUAACUUCCAAGAACUACAAUUAUAACCACCAGGCAUAUCCUACUGCCUAUGGCAAGCAGUACUCAGCCAAGACUCCUACUAAGGGAAGAGUCACACUUUCUUCCUCGGCUUCCCGGGUGCAACCUGGCCUGCUGCAGUGGGUGAAGUUUUGGUAGAAAAUUACUUCUAAUCACUACUGAGGCCCUGAAAAACACCUCGUUGUUAAGGAGCCUGACUGCGCUCCUACCCCCAGCUCUCCCACCCUGUGCCAGCCCUGGUCUGGAUGCUGACACCUCUAUUUUCUAGGUUGGGGACCUGGUUGUUUGUUCCUUGUUUCUUCCCGCUCCAUUGUGGUGUCCCUGUGACCAACAGCCUCACUGGAUAAACUUCACCUUACUCCAUUUUGUGACCUGAAGUCACUGUGACAAUUCUUCAGGAGGAGCUUUCUACUUUUGAGUUUGUCUGUGAAAAUAAAACAUGAAUAUGGUUCCACUAA